CUGGCUUGAGGCCCAAUUGCAAGAAAGUUUUCAGUUUCCCAAGGGUCCCUUGGCCCUUGUUCUGAGAGCUUCGCCCUGAUUGGCUACUACGCCAAGCUCCUGGCUCCAAGGAUUGGCCCUGGUGGGCCCACCCACACUCAUAUUGGUGUGGGUGAGACUCGCCCACCUAAGCAGGGGGGCUGACCACAUAACCAAAGGAAACCUUAGACCAUGUCAGGGUCACGUAAGAUAGAGCUGGCGGAGGCCCUGGCCUUAGGGCCUGAGUGGAGGCACUUGUGUUUUGUGAUGCUCUACGCGCCAGACCCGGGGAUGCUCUUCGGCCGCAUCCCGCUGCGGUACGCCGUGCUGAUGCAGAUGCGCUUCGAUGGGCGCCUGGGCUUCCCAGGUGGCUUCGUGGACUCGAAGCACAGCACCUUGGAGGAUGGACUGAACCGAGAGCUGCUGGCGAAGCUGGGCGAAGCGGUCUCCGCCUUCAGCGUGGGGCGCACAGACUACCGCAGCUCACGUGCAGGAGACACCUCGCAUGUUGUGGGGCACUUCUAUGCCAAGAAACUGACGCUAGAGCAGCUGCAGGCGGUGGAAGCUGGAGCACCAAAAGCCAAGGACCAUGGGCUGGAGGUGCUGGGCCUGGUGCGAGUGCCCCUGUACACCCUUCGAGAUGGUGUGGGAGGCCUUCCUGCCUUCCUGGAAAAUUCCUUUAUUGGUGCUGCCCGGGAGGAACUACUGGAAGCCCUCCACAACUUGGGACUCGUGGAAGCUGGUUCUGUCUUGAGUUUUAAAGAUGUCAAUGCAGGCAACUUUCUUAGAACUCACAGAACCUGAGAUGAGGGCUUUGAUACUGGGAUGGAGGAAGGGAAAAGAAAAUGUUUUCUUUUCUGGGUCUGAGAGAUGAGAGAUGAUCCCAGAUUAAAAUAAAGAGAUGUGUUCAUGUGAUAGUUAA